GACCUGUCCACUGCGACCUAACGUUCACCGGGGACCCCCGCAUGGCGAAGCUUUUCGUUUGUCAGAGUACCAGCUGCCGCUCGAGCGGGGGCUCUGACAAGCUCCUGCGGGACUUGGAGGAGCUGUGUGCCACACCGUACAGUGGGUGCCAGGCUGUGAGCACUGGAUGUCUGGAUUUGUGCGGCAAGGGGCCCAACGUGAAGGUGCAGGUGAAGAGUGAUCAGAAGGUGGUCGAAGGGGUGAAGACCUUCAAGGCCGCCAGGACCCUUCUGGAGAAGCACGGCGCCAAGCUUCGCAAGCUGGACUUAACCGUGGCAGAGAUCAAGUACGACGCCCGGCGCGCGAAGACGUCUGAGGAGCGCUUAGCCAAGGUGGAGAAGGGCUUCAAGGCGAUCGGCAACGACUGGAGACAAGAGCCGCACCUGGCGAGCUCUCUGCUGGCGCUCCGCGCGGAGGAGCUUUUGGCCAAGGAGGACUUGGAGGCUGCGCUGACGGACGCGCGGAAAGCUUGCGAGCUGUGGGCAGGCUCCGGGCCAGCGCAUCUCUCUGUGGCGGUGGCGCUGCUGAAGCUUGGGAAGACCGACGAGGCCAAAAAGGCCUUUGAUCUGGCACAGGAUACCGGCACAAGCUUGAACAAGGAGCACAUGAGAUUUGUCAUGAACCAGCUGCGUGAUGCUCCCAAGCCUGACCCUGCACCAAAAGCAGAAGCCGCACCUCCCAAAGCUGAAGCUGUCCCGCAAUCAGAAGCCGCACCUCCCAAAGCCAAAGCUGCCCUGAAAGGAGAAGCUGUCCCUCCCAACGCUGCUCCGAAGGCCGUACCCAAAGCCGAAGCCGCUGCAAAAGUAGCUGCACCCCCGAAAGCCAAGGCUUCCAACGGAUCUCCAGCAACCAAAGCUCAACCUUCCGAUGCUAAAGCAGCACCUCCGGAAGUUGAGGAAAGCACCGCUAAAGCAGAGGUGACAACAUCCUUUGAGUCCAGAGGAAGCAGACACAAAACCAUGAAGGUCAAGAGUGCCAGCAUGCCUUCUAGCAAGGGCACUGAGAAGAUGCCAGCCAGCAAGAGCAAGAGUCUUGAUAGGUUGCCCAGCAAGAUUGAUGAUGAGAAAAGCAAGGCGAAAAAGGGGAACUCCAAGAAGGACUCCCCUGAUGCGGCGGAACACGCCGAGGACGCCCAGACAACGGCUGCGGAGGUGAUGAGCGGCGGCAGCCGGACGCCGGUGGUGGACGGAGAGCUCAGUGAGUCGGGCCUCGUUGAGCCGGGCCCUCCGAUCGCCAGCUGCGGUACCGGACUUGCACCGCCCAAAUACGAGCGGAAGAUUGUCAGCCUCUGAGGUUCCGAAGAGACACCGAAGACGGCGACGGUUUCAACUGAUGUUCACCUGGUCAUGGCCCAGAGUUUUUUUUCUUUUGUUGUUUUCUUCCACAAUGUAUCUAUACAGAUCUUAGAUCAAUAUUGAUCAUCAAAUGUGAAGCUCGAUUGCCAGGCUCUAUACUAAUUGUUUUGAGGUGAGGUGAUGAUUCUUCAUCUUUGGGAGGCCGAAUGUGUCAGUUUUCUGGGAGAUCGGGAUCUGUCCAGAAGCGACGGACACUAGGCCGGAUGCCGAUGGGUCAAGACACCAGUGUGACCAGUGCGCAGUCCGCUGCAGCUCGAACAUGUGGUC